GAGUAAUAAUUUGAAUUACUCAUUAAUGAGACAAAUUAAGUUAAAAAAUAUUAAAAUUAAUUUAUUUUUUCUCAUAAGGAAUAAGGAAUAGAGAAAUCCAAAUGAAUCUUUGAUCACCCAAUCCCAAUUGGACUGAUAAUUGAUGAAAUUAUCCGUCCGUCCUCUGAAAUGGAUCAUCUCACCGCUCUCCCCUUUGAUAAAUGCAGGUCAAAUUUCAACGACCCUCUUCUCCAUUUCUCUCUCUAUCUCUCUAAACCUACCCUUUUCUCGCAACUCUGAGAGAAUCUGCGGAGAUGGAGAUUCAAUCGAUGGAUUUUGAGGCGACCCACCAGCUCGGUUCCGACGCCGGCAGCGACCACGGGUGGCAGAAGGUGUCCUACGCCAAGAAACAGAGGAAGAAGCAGGCGCCGGCGGAUUCCGCCAGGAUCGCCUCCGACGGAUCCGGCCCCGACAAUGUGUUCUUGUCGCUGGAGAAGCGCGGCGAGGAGCGCCACCAGAGAAUUGAGGCUCAGCGAGCUGCGAUGUACUUCGACGACGAAGCUCCGGCGAGAUCCGCGCCGAAGCACAGAUCCGACGAGGAGGAUCCGGACAGCGAUUCCGAGGGCGCCGCGCAGAAUGGAGCUGUGGAAGUGAAGAAGAAGGAAAAGCAAAAGAAGCCGAAGAAGCCUAAGGUCACCGUCGCUGAAGCUGCGGCCAAGAUCGAUCAGUCUGAAUUAUCGGCUUUCCUUGAUGAGAUCUCGGCAUCGUAUGAUUCAGAUACACAAGAAGAAAUAAUAUUGAUGCGAUUUGCUGAUUAUUUCGGGCGUGCAUUUUCGACCGUGUCUGCUUCCCAAUUCCCAUGGCUCAAAUUGUUCAGAGAAUCUCUGGUUGCAAAGAUUGCUGAUGUCCCUAUUUGCCAUCUCCCUGAACCUGUUUACAAGACUUCGGUUGACUGGAUCAGCAAACGGUCUUAUGAUUUCCUCGGACCCUUUGUGGUGUGGUUGCUGAACAGUAUCCUUGCUGAUUUAGCAGCCCAACAAGCUGGUUCUAAGGCCACAAAGAAAGGUGUCCAACAAACAUCCUCUAAGUCUCAGGUAGCCAUAUUUUUGGUUCUAUCAAUGGUAUUGCGACGGAAACCUGAUGUUUUGAUCACUAUAAUGCCAAAAUUGAGGGAAAACAAUAAGUAUGAAAAGCAAGAGACACUUCCUGUCAUGGUUUGGGUGACAGCUCAGGCUUGCCAUGGGGAUAUGUGUGUAGGGUUGUACCUGUGGGCCCAUUGGAUCUUGCCUUUAGUUGGAGGCAAAUCAGGUUCGAAUCCACAGGCAAGGGACUUGAUUCUGCAGUCAGUGGAAAGGAUCCUAUCUGCACCAAAAGCUCGUACCGUUUUAAUAAAUGGCGCUGUUAGGAAGGGGGAGCGUAUAGUGCCACCGUCAGCACUUGAUUUGCUCUUACGAGUGACAUUUCCUGCACCGUCAGCACGAGUUAAGGCUACCGAAAGGUUCGAGAAAAUAUAUCCCACUCUCAAAGAGAUAGCUCUUUCCGGUUCUCCUGGAAGCAAAGCAAUGAAGCAACUUUCCCAACAAAUCUUCCCAAUUGCUGUGAAGGUCUCCGGGGAAGGCACUCCCGCCCUAUCUCAGGAAGGGACUAACCUCUUUGUGUGGUGCUUGUCCCAAAAUGUUGAUUGUUACCGGCAGUGGGACAAGAUCUAUGCAGACAACAUAGAAGCCAGUGUUGCUGCCUUGAGAAAACUCACUGACCAGUGGAAAGUUUUGUCUGCUGAUAAAUCGUCUCACGAUGUUCUCCGAGAAACUCUCCUGCAUUUCAGGAACAAGAAUGAGAAAGGGGAAGGAGUUGAUGCUGCGAACCAGGCGCUGCUUAAGGACGCGGACAAGUACUGCAAGAUCUUGUUGGGAAGGCUAUCGCGUGGGCCCGGAUGCCUCAAGAGUUUUGCCGUGGUGGCGGUCUUGCUUGGCGUGGGGGCUGCGGUCGUCACGUCCCCGGAUAUCCAAUCUUGGGAUUGGAACAAGUUUUCGGCUCUCCUCACCGCCCAGUAAUUCACCCGGACGAGACACCGGACACGACUCACGAAGGAGGUUUUAUUGAUUUUUUUUUCUCUUAGGGGCGAAGGGUAAUUACGUAAUAAACAUUUUGCUCGGAACGAGGGGGCAAAUCCGGUAUUUAUAUAGUGUUGUUUCGUCGUGUCUGGUCGGUCGGUCGGGUAACGGGUGGUAGGAUAGCUUGGGGAGAUGAUGAUGACAACAAUGGAUUCUUCCCAUGGAGAAAUGAUGUUGAAAAUAGGGUGUUAAGAUGAGGCUAAAUGGGUCUCUAA